AUGGCUUUCGCUUCAUUCCUCGGAAGAGUGCUCUUUGCUUCGGUCUUUAUACUCUCUGCUUACCAAGAAUUUAAUGAAUUUGGAGUUGAUGGUGGGCCUGCAGCGAAAGCCCUCAGACCAAAGUUUGAUGCAUUUACACAUCAUGUGCAUUCUCAAGUUGGCUUUCAACUUUCAGAGAUUGAUACGAAACUUUUGAUUGCUGGGGCUAUUGCUCUGAAGGGCCUUGGAGGAGUACUUUUCAUAUUAGGCAGCUCUUUUGGAGCUCUUCUUUUGCUCCUGCAUCAGCUUAUUGCUACUCCUAUCGUCUAUGAUUUUUACAAUUAUGAGAGUGAGGACAAAGAAUUUACUCAACUUUUCAUCAAAUUUACACAGGCAACCCAAGAAGGCUCCAAAAACAAAAGCCUAUUAGUAACAGCAGCAUUGGAGGACCCCUUUCCAUGGAGUGGGGGCUGUUGCUUCCUGGUUCUUCAUCAUAUCCUCACAAAUGUGCCAGGAUUUGGGUUGGAUACUCCUUUGAUUCAGAAUCAAUCUUCCUCCCGUCGAGUUUUGUAG